AUGAGAUAGGGAGUGUUUGGGGAGAGCUUCUCGGAGCCCAGGCAGUAGAAGGCACGUGGCAUCUGUCCAAGUGCCCUCCCUGGAGGCUGGCUUGAGCUGAUUCUCACCUACUUCUGGGGCCGGAGGUCUCUCCAUUGUCUGUGCCCCUUGUGGCCUGAAACAGUCAGGGUUGGCUCAGGGGACCCUGCCCCAUGGGGAUAGGACUCUGAAGAGGAGGAGAGGCUCCUAGAUCCAGUGUUGGUGUCCCACGUAUGUCUGAGCCAGGAACGACAGAAGCGGAUGUGGGCAAUGUUCAGCUGCUGCCUUCCAUGGAACGGCGCAACCAUUCGAGCCUGGCUGAGUUCGUGUUCCUUGGUUUUCCCAAUGUGGGACAUGUUGGGGGCUGGCUUUUUGCCCUGCUGCUGUUGGCGUACCUGUUCACUUUCUGUGGCAACAUGCUCAUCUUCUUAGUCAUACGACUGGACGUUGCCCUGCACACACCCAUGUACCGCUUUGUCAGCAUACUUUCCUUCUUGGAACUGUGGUAUACAGCCACCACCAUCCCCAACAUGCUCGCCAAUCUUCUCCGUGAGAAGAAGACCAUUUCUUUUGCAGGAUGCCUCCUUCAGACCUACUUCUUCCACUCUCUAGGGGCCUCUGAAUGCUACCUUCUUACGGCCAUGGCCUAUGACCGAUACCUGGCCAUCUGCCGGCCCCUCCACUACCCUGCAGUUAUGACCCCAACACUCUGUGGCAAGUUGGCUGCCAGUUGUUGGACUUGUGGCUUCCUGUGUCCCAUUUCUGAGGUCAUCCUGGUCUCCCAGCUCCCCUUUUGCGGCUAUAAUGAAAUUCAACACAUCUUCUGUGACUUUCCACCUCUGCUGAGCCUGGCCUGCAAGGACACAUCCACUAAUGUCCUUGUGGACUUUGCCAUCAAUGCCUUCAUCAUCCUUGUCACCUUCCUCUUUAUUAUGGUCUCUUAUGGAAGAAUCAUCGGUGCUGUUCUGAAGAUAAAAACAGCUGCAGGAAGAAAGAAGGCUUUCUCUACAUGUGCCUCACAUCUCACUGUGGUUCUUAUUUUUUUUGGGAGCAUCAUCUUCAUGUAUGUGCGCCUGAAGAAGAGCUAUUCCCUGACCCUUGACCGGACGCUUGCUGUAGUCUACUCUGUACUAACACCACUGGUCAACCCAAUUAUCUACAGUCUUCGUAACAAGGAACUCAUUAAGGCCAUCAAGAGGACCAUCUUCCAGAAGGUGGGAAGGACUCACCCUUGACUCUCUACCAAGGUCCUUCUUCUACUUCAGUGUUGGCUUCAUAAAAUUUUUAUGUACCUUGGUCCUGGCCAUGAAUAAUCUUCCCAUUAUCACACAUGCUUAUGGAUCUCAUCAACUCUUGCCUUCUCAAAGUAGGUUUUUCUUUUAUUUCCUACAUCUUUAUGUUUUCCAUUUUUUCCAUGUUUUCCAUCAGUACUUUCAGCACAUAAGAAUACUUUAGAAUCUUCCUUCUUAGAAACAAGCACACAUAUUACCUUGGGCGUACAUUCUCAGCCAGUCCAUUCCUUGGGCAUACAUUCCCAGACCCUAUUAAGGUCUAUUUCCUUAAUGCUCUCAUUUCCAAUUAAACUUCUCAACAUGAUUAAUGACACAAUUUACCUCCUCUUCUUCACUUCCUACACAGUUUGCAACCCAUUGCAAUCUGGCUUCGACUCAGACCUUUCGAAAAAUAUUUUGCCAAGAUCAUCGAUGAACUCCAUGCUGUAAAAUCCAUUCGACUCUUGUCUUUCCUCUUUCUUAUUUACAUAUUUAUUUAU